GACACUUUUUUUUCAAUCCCAGUAAAAGAGUUUGAGCAGGAACAUAGUUGUGUAUAUGUAGCGGGGGGUCCGGCUGCAUCUGGGGGGUGACUGCUGAUUUUCAGCACAUUUAUUUUUAUUUUAUUUUUCUAUUUUAUUUUAUCCUUGUUUUCCUUACUUCGAGCAAUCCAUUGCACGCGCGCACACGCCGAUAUAUUUGGACGUUCAUAUUUUCGUAUAGACCAUGAACAAACUCUAUGUGGGGAAUCUGAGUCCUUCGGUGACCGUGGAGGACCUGAAGCAGCUCUUCGGCGAGAGGAAGCUUCCCGUGACCGACCAGGUCCUGCUCAAAUCCGGCUAUGCCUUCGUGGAUUUCCCCGACCAGAACUGGGCGAUUAAAGCCAUCGAGACUCUGUCCGGGAAAGUUGAAUUACAUGGGAAAGUGAUCGAGGUCGACUACUCAGUUCCUAAAAAACUAAGGAGUCGGAAGAUUCAGAUCCGGAACAUUCCUCCUCAUCUCCAGUGGGAGGUUUUGGACAGCCUGUUAGCACAGUAUGGUACUGUAGAAAAUGUGGAACAAGUUAACACUGAUACAGAAACAGCAGUGGUGAAUGUGACGUACUCAACAAAAGAGGAGGCUAAAAUCGCUGUAGAGAAGUUAACAGGACAGACGUUUGAGGAUUACUCCUUUAAAGUGUCUUAUAUUUUGGAUAUGGAUGCUGCUCCACCCCUGCCUGCAACCCGGAAUCGCCGGGGUGGAAGGACAUCACGAGAACAGGACUCCCAGCCCGGGACCUCUGGAGGCUCCCUGGGGCUCCGACAGAAACAGCCAGACUUCCCCCUGCGCAUGCUAGUGCCCACACAGUUUGUGGGAGCCAUCAUUGGCAAGGAGGGUCUCACAAUCAAAAACAUCACCAAACAGACACAGUCUAAGGUGGACAUCCAUCGUAAGGAGAACGCGGGAGCGGCAGAGAAGCCCAUCACCAUCCACUCGACUCCUGAGGGCUGCUCCGCCGCGUGCCGUAUGAUCAUGGACAUCAUGCAGAAAGAGGCUGAUGACACAAAAGUAACUGAGGAUAUUCCUAUGAAGAUCCUGGCCCACAACAGUCUGGUUGGAAGACUGAUCGGGAAGGAGGGCAGAAACCUGAAGAAGAUUGAAGAAGAGACAGAGACCAAGAUAACCAUCUCCUCUUUACAGGAUUUAACUAUUUAUAAUCCAGAGAGAACCAUUAUAGUGAAAGGGAGUAUCGAGGCCUGUUGUAGGGCUGAAGUGGAGAUCAUGAGGAAGCUGAGGGAAGCCUAUGAGAAUGACAUUGCUGCUAUUAACCAACAAACCAACCUUAUCCCCGGGUUAAGCCUGAGUGCACUGGGCAUCUUUUCAACCGGUCUGUCAGUAUUGCCACCAGCUGCUGGGCCCAGAGGCGUCCCACCCGUACCCCCAACUGGCUACAACCCUUUUCUUGGUCACUCAUCACAGCUGGGUGGGCUGUACGGUGUUCCGCCUGCUAGUGCCGUCUCUCACCAGCACACAGCUCCUGAACAGGAGGUUGUCUACCUCUUUAUCCCAACUCAGGCUGUCGGUGCUAUUAUUGGCAAGAAGGGUCAACAUAUUAAACAACUGGCACGAUUCGCAGGAGCCUCAAUUAAGAUCGCACCUGCAGAGAGUCCUGACGUCACUCAGAGGAUGGUCAUCAUCACUGGCCCACCAGAAGCUCAGUUUAAGGCCCAGGGCAGGAUAUUUGGGAAGCUGAAAGAAGAGAAUUUCUUUACUGCAAAAGAGGAAGUGAAGCUGGAGACACAUAUAAAAGUGCCCUCUUCAGCAGCUGGGAGGGUCAUCGGGAAAGGCGGCAAAACGGUUAACGAGCUGCAGAACCUAACCAGUGCAGAGGUCAUAGUGCCACGGGACCAAACGCCAGACGAGAACGAUGAGGUCUUUGUCAAAAUCAGUGGGCAUUUCUUUGCCAACCAGACUGCACAGAGGAAAAUCAGGGAGAUCAUCCAGCAGGUGAAACAACAGGAACAGAAGCACCAGCAAGGCACCCCCGUGACACAGCGCUCCAAGUGACCAUCAGGGCAGCCCCAGCGGGCACCUGCCAAUGAAUGUAGCCCUCCCAACUGGAAUCAGACCAGACCGGAUGCAGGGGACCGGCCGGGCAGACCAGCAGCCGCGGGAUCAAAACCAAAGAACUUCUUUCUAGGGGAGAUGAAGGAGCCACUGGCAGAUGGGGCUCUGAGUGCACUGCCAGCUUGGGGAGGGAGGGGAGGAAGGAAGGAAGUGCAAGGAAGACAAGCGUUCCUUUUAUUGUUCAAACACACCCUGACUGGGAGACGAAUAGGUAUGGGGCGUCUGCUAUCAGGACGGGACACAUCACGGUCGCCCCAAGUAACAAUUUCUUUAGAAACUUCUUAAUUUAGGCUUAACAUAGGGUUAACAAAGAUAAGACGCUCCAUUAACACGUGUACACUGAUGCAUUUUGACUGAGUUGUGUUGCUGUUUUUUUUUGGUUAGGUAAGGGUGGGUGUGCACUAGCAGUUGGCGACCGAAUUUUUUAUUUUAUUUUUUUUUAUGCUCAGAUUGCGAUUUCAGAGAUCCUCAGCAGUAUUGUCACCAGUACACUAGAACAAAUAUACUGUUUUUGAAGCAGAAGUAUGAUUCUUCUUGUUUUGCACAAGCCAGCAAGCGGGCGAUUAGUGCACAUACGCGGUUGCGUAAGCAUAACAUUAUGUUAUUCUAAUUUCUUCGAUGAUGGGAUGAGAAUGUUGGGAAAUGUAAAGGACAGAACGUUUACUCAUAUCUUAGCCUGUUUGCAUUUCAGGACAAUUCAUCCAACGCAACGGAUCCUUGUUACUUAAGCCUGUGUGUGCCAACGGAUGCAAACAUUGAAACAUUUCUUACUGUGCAUAUCUUUCAUUUUUUAGCUUUCCGUUUUUCGUUUAUUCUUAUUUCUAUCCAGCUCUUACACUCCAUUUUUAUUGUAACGCCAGUGUUUUUGCAGCCUCUGCAUUUUGUUAUUUCAUCGCUGCCACACUCUUGUGGCGGCAGUCAUUACGAGACGAAGUAGGUAUGUAGUAGAUGUGGAUUAGGUGUCACCACCCCUUGUUUGCUUUAGGGGGUAUGAAAAAAAUCUGAAGCAAGCACCAGCGCCUGAAAGAAAGCGCACCUUUACUGGCUUGGCAUUGGGCAGAAGCGAAAUCGAAUGUGCACCAAGAACUCUGCCUUAAUCUAUGCUGAAAGCAAACGAAAAGAUGGGUGACUCAAAAUGGGAUGGAGGGUCAGGUUGAUUGUGGGACAAGGAGGCACCUGUGGUACACACACACAACCGCGUUUGGCUUUAAAUCUCUUUGUCAGGGAGCUUUCUAAACGGCAUGACAGCUGUGAAUGUACAAUAAGCAGCCUUUUAGAGAGAGCACCUCCCUGUCAUGUUCAGUGAGCUGGUUGGUCAGCGAUAUUGUUUUUGUUUUGAUUUUAUCUUUUUUUUUUUUUUUUUUUUUUUACAAUACUCGGGCUGUUUUUGGGAAACUGAUCGACAGGAUGGAUAUCACUUUGUGCUUUAUUUUCUUCUUCUUUUUGACCAUGGAAGCUCGUGGCCUUAACGUCACCGGUCUAUGACAUCACAGACAGCUCCCUCGCUCAAUGAGAGCUAAGCCUCAUCUUCCAGACGCAAGGUUUAUGCCAAUACGCACAGCUUUCAUUUGUGUGUAUGCGUGUGUGUAUAUAGAUAUAUAUAUAAAGAGAGAGAAAUAUUUAUGAAUCUAUUUUUUUCCUAUUUUGUGACGAGAGCUAUUAAUCAGAAACAAACAGAAAAGGUCUCUUUUUUGGGGGGUGGAACACUGCCAUGUUAUUCUGAAGGGAAGUGUUUAUUUUCUUGGAAGUAGACUAUGAAUAUUGUUAGUAUACUAACAGUAAGAACAGUAAUGAAUCAACGCAACACUUUGAUCAGAAUGUGAUUGGCGCGCAUGUCAGUAUUGUGAUCUACCUCAGGCGUCAGGGUACCUCAGUCCAAUCUUAAUUUCCCUUUUUUUUUCUCCCGUUUUGUAUGCCUUGUAAACUGAAAGUUUUGAACGUUUUCUUUUUUAUGAUAAUCAUAAAAGUUCAAGAAAAAGACUAGUCUGAAGUCUCCUGGUCCAUCUGACAAAGAAGAAUGGAUCUUAAAGCUUUCAAAACUGUAUCUGAAUUUACUGCGUUCUUUUACCGAUCACAACCUCGUGAUUUAUAGAAUGUGUAACUGAGGUGUACUUAACUGCCCGAAAGGGGUUCCAAAUGUGGAAACUGUGUACUGAUGUCUAGAUCAAUGACAAAUGGUUGAAAUAGACUAUGAAUAUCAAGUAGAAUGGCUUAAUUCAAAGCAUUCUCCAGGAGUAGUUACGUUGUCUGAAGCGUAAGCCAGCUUUCAUUUUUAUAAAAAUGAGUCAAAAUUCAGGAAUUCCAGUAAGACCAAUUUUUUUAAUUGAGGUUUUUCUAUCAGGGCCUUUCACAAAACAAACCUGGUUUGAUAUGAAUAAAAAAAAAAAAUUAAAAAAAAAACAGCUCUGUUAACUUGAUAUAAUAAUCACAGAGUCACUGUUUGUUUAUUGUAAUCACACAGAAAUCACAAAUGCAGGUAUUUUUGUCGCCUCGGCUCAGAUCUGCUCUGGAUCUGUUGCUGGUCUACUGUACAUGCGUGUUAUCUCUCAAAGACCGAGGCCUAUGUCAAAU